AUGGGCAGCUCUGACUCGGGAGCGGCCGCCCCACGGAGUUGGCUCCGCUCCUGGAGCGGAGCGGUUGAUGAAAAUCACCGGAGCUGGAAUUUAAAUAACGGUAUACUAGCAUUGAAAGAUCAGAGAGAGUCUGCUAUUAUUUUAUCAUCUAUUAAACGUAAUCAACGAAAUAUAAUUAAACAGCUUCAUCUUGAAAUUCAACGACGAAUUGUACGUGAUUUACGUUUCGGUCGAAAAAACUCUAGAUAUAGUAAAAGAAGAGUUUUAAUAACAGAAAGUGAAUUUGAACUGAUAAAAUCUUAUGGUGUUGGUGGUCACAAAUAUAAAGAAAAUGAUUCAUUAACAAGUUUAUUAAAAUUGCAUUUAAAUCUUCGAAUGGCUAAAGACGUUGAAUGUGAAUGUAAAUAUCUGAAAUAUCUUUUUCGACGACCACCAGCAAAAACAUAUGAAACAAUCUCUAACGAAACAUUUGAUCUUCCAACUGAAAUUAAAUUAAAUAUUAAAUUUAAGCGCAUCGAACAUAUAUUAACGCCAGACGGAGUAAGGCAAUAUUAA